CAAAGAGGCUGGGCCCUGACAUGGGCCAGACGGCAGGCAACCUUGGCUGGCGGCUCAGCCUGUUACUGCUGUCCUUGCUCCUGGUGCAAGCUGGUGUCUGGGGAUUCCCAAGGCCCCCAGGGAGGGCCCCCCUGAGCCUGCAGGAGCUGCGCAGGGAGUUCACAGUCAGCCUGCAUCUCGCCAGAAAGCUGCUCUCCAACGUCCGGGGCCAGGCCCACCGUUUUGCCGAAUCUCAUCUGCCAGGAGUGAGGCUGGACCUGCUGCCCCUGGGACAGCAGCUCCCCAAUGUUUCCCUGAACUUCCAGGCCUGGCGCCACCUCUCUGACCCAGAGCGACUCUGCUUCCUCUCCAUGAUGCUCCGGCCCUUCCAUGACCUGCUAGGAGGACUGGGGAGCCAGGGGGGCUGGACCAGCUCAGAAAGGACGCAGCUGUGGGCCAUGCGACUGGAUCUCUGGGACCUGCAAUGGCACUUCCGCUUCCAGGUGCUGGCUGCAGGAUUCAACCUGCCUGAGGAGGAGGAGGAGGAGCAAGAGGAGGAGGGGAAGGGGCUGCUCCCAGGGGCUCCAGGGGACCCCGCACCAUUAUCGGCCCAGGUGUCCUGGCCCCGGCUGCUCUACACCUACCAGCUGCUGCGCUCCCUGGAGGUGGUCUUGUCCCGGGCUGUGCGGGACUUGCUGCUGCUGUCCAAGGCCGGCCACCCAGGUCUGGACUGGGGCUCUCAACACCCAGAUCCCAGCCCUGAUGGAGCGAUCUUUUAGUCCCCUUCUCUCACUCUUUAGGACUUCAGGACUAGCUUCAGACCCUGCCCAAUAACUUAAAGCCCCUCCAGUCCUUGCGAGAUAUUUAUUUCUUGGAUAUUUAUUUGCUGUCUAGGGAGAUGACAGUUUAUUUAUUGUUUCAUCCUGGCACACCGGUGCCUAAUAAAGCCCUCUC